GCGUGGAGCAAACUGUGGCGUGCACACUGCAGCUCCUCUCCGCCAACACUGACUCCUCCACGGCGGAGGGAGGAAACCAGCGGCAGCUCAUGAUCGCCGUGUUUUUUCUGCGGAGGUGUGGUGAUGGUGGUGGUGGUGGUGGUGAUCAUGACAGGGAUCAUCUCCCGCGCCACCCCUUCCCUACCUCCCUCCCACCGGCUCUCAGCUGACGCUGCUUCAGGCGCAUUGCUGUGGGUCUUUGGCUGUCUUCACGCCAUCGCUGUGUUUGGACUGCUGGACUGCAGCACAUAGUCGCCCCCCCCCCGGUUCGUGUUGGGUGUACACCGGGACAGCUCAGGAAUGCCUCCCGCCCCGUCCGUCUGCUUCACGGCUUGACUGGAUCGAAGUUGGUGCCAUGGAGACCUCAGGUGGUGACGAUACGGCGCUUUCGUACUUGAACGCUGGAGACAGGGACGGAUAUGACGAUCUGGAACAUCUGCCUCCGCUGCUGGAGGAUGAGGAGAAUGUAUCACUGGCGGACAUCCUCUCUCUGCGAGACAGCUGUUUGUCUGAGGAGGAGGUGUGGGCAGUCUGUGCGGAGUGUGCUCUGGCCCUGAAGAGCAUCAGACCCUCCCAUCUCUUUCACAGUCUGUGUAUAACGCCAGACACGCUGGCCUUCAAUGCCCAUGGGAACGUUUGCUUUAUGGAGCAGCUCAGUGAUGACCCCGAAGGCUCCUUCGUGCCUCCCGAGUUUGACAACACAGGCAGCACGUUUGAGGGUCAUGUUUACUCGCUGGGCUCCACACUCUCCGCUGCGCUGAACUUUGUCAUUGAGCCGGAGCUGGAGGUUAUGCUGGGAGAAGAAAUUCAGAAGUUGCUGGAGCAGAUGCAGGACGAGAAGCCCGAGGACAGGCCGCUACUGCAGGACAUCAUAUCGCUGGCUGAAAGACAGCUUUCUCAUACCUCCUCUGCAGCUGUGUGCCGAAAACUAUCCUCCAUUGGGCGACGGGUGCUUUCCAUUGAAUCAGUUUCAACGUUUCAAGAUGGACAGGAGGCAUCAUGGGAGGCGAGGUGGCAGCAUCCUAAACCCAGAUGUCUGCUCAGGGGACUGAGCUCAGAUGAUAAUGCCAAAAAUGUGUGCAGUGGCAAUUCUGUUACGGCAAACGGUCUGUCCAGAAAGCAGGUGUGCGGGGGCUGGGAUUCCUCUCUCUGGGCUGAGGAUAUGGAAGGAGAUGAAAUGACCUUGACAGAUGAGAUGGAUUGCAGGUCGCACAACAGCUCACCAGUGAAGAGGAGAGCCCAGCAGAGGCUGAACAGGGUGAGGGGGGCGCUUAACCGCUCCUGCUCCGUCCCGGACUCCAACAACCCCCCCUGUCUUUCCCCUCCAACACAAGGAGACAUCAGUGUACCGGUGUCUGACCUCACUGAGAUAGGAGCCGAUGAAAUCCUGAGCUGCAAGUCUGUGUGGAGUAACAGACUUCAGAGACUCAACCGGGGCCAGUCCUGUGAUUCUUACCCAUAUACAAGCACUGACGAUGAUAUGAAUUGUGUUGUGAAAAACCACAUGUCGCAAGCAAACGAGGAUGCUGCAGAGAUUUUAUGCGGCGUAGAAAUACAGACUCGGAAGAGCCAUGAAUGUGAAACUAUGGACCAUAUCCAGGAUUUAGCAUCUCCCUUUUCUUCCUGCCAAGACCUGGAAAUUGCACAAGAAUAUUCCGGGGAGCAGAGCACAUUGAACCACAGCCUCUACAUUCCUAAUAACCACAUGACAAAAAGCAUGCUGUGUCUGAAUGAAGAAUCUCAGGAUGAGUGGAUCCCUCUCAGAGAACUACUCAGUCGCUGUGGACGGAGGCUGACAGUUAAUGAGCUGUGGGCUCUGUGUUACACCUGUCUGUCCUCGCUGCAGACCUACAUUGACUUUCCAGCAUAUUUAUGCCUGGACACAGUGUACGUGGGAUGUGAGGGGGAAGUGCUUUUCUUGAAACCCAAAAACAUUGGACCACGAGAUGAAUUUUAUCUUGCCCCUGAGUAUCAAGAGCACGGGAUUGUGACUGAAAAGGUUUGUGUGUACGCUGUUGCUGCUAUUCUCUGGGCCACGGCCAAGUUCAGUUUAUUGCCUACUCAAAAGCUGGCGAUGCCUCGCAAACUGAAGAGGCUGCUCCUUGAGAUGGCAAAGAGGACGCCGAUCGAGAGACCCUCCAUUAUUGUGGCUAAAAAAAGCUGUCGUGACUACUUAUCACGUCAAGGGACAAAUGCAGAGACUGUGUGGAACGACCUUAUUAGCAGUGUUCACCCGCCAGUCUCAGAAUCCACUAAUGCAGAAGAUUUGAGUGCCACUGAAACUCACAACAGCUCCUAUGAAGAGUCUGAACUAAACCACACCGGCUUUGUUCCCAUGGCCACUGAGAGCCGACUGGCUCCUGUGCCUGGCCCUGUUCCCCACAGCCAUCCACUCAGCCAGGGACUCCAACUCCCAGAGGCUUUCACCUCCACUGCCACACACUUCACCCCUAUUGUCCUGACUGAAGAUGGGGACUCAGAGGAGGAGAGCCAGGACACUGGAGUGGCCAUUGAAGGUAAUGUGGAUGAAUUCACAAGAAACAGUGAAAAAGUGGAGGGAAGGGAUGCUGAUUUCAUCUCACACACUACGCACCCACAUCCUGCACAGACUGAACCCAGCGUACACACAGAGGAACUGCCUGUGAAUCAAAUGGUCAUAAAUACAACUCCUACAGCUUCCAGCAGCAAGAAACUGGUCAACACUUCUUUUAUUGUCCCGGAUAUUUCUUGUGUUGAAGUGUCUCUUCCUCGGGCAUCCACUAACCUCAAUGGUUCUGGUGUCUUUAACAAUUACCUCUUUUGUCAGGACACGACAACUGGACAUCUUUCUUUAGUGCCUGUGCAGGUCAGGGCUCCCGAGUCCCUCCUCGGGUUGGAUAUAAAUCUUUCCCUGGUCCCUCAGCCUCUGCAAAGAUUAAUCACAGUUCCAGAGACGACUGAAGGUCCGUUUAUCAACUGUCUGAAUGUGCCUAUGAGGCCUGAGCCCCAGGAAUAUGGCCCACUAUCAUAUUUCAGCGGUAGCUCCAUCCUGUCUGACAGCUCUGUGAAGUACAGUGUGAUCAGGGCCCACAGUGGACAAGCAAGACCGGGGACUCAAGACGAGAACCAAUCUCCUUCUGAGACCAUCUCUGCCAAAGUCCAACCUGUCUUACAGGAGGUGAUUGACCUGCUCAAGGGAGAGUUUUCACUUGAUGGGUAUUUGGAUGAUGGACAAGAAAACAUCGCAAUUGGGGAGUACAUCUUCUCUCUGAAGGACCUCCAGUACGACACGUUUGCCUGCGUUGUGAGGCAGAGGUUCAGUAAUCUCUACUGGGAAGAGGAUUUGCUGGGUGUUUUACAUUGCCUGGUCAACUACAGCCCAUCCACACUCGGCGCUAAUGAUCAGCCGCCUCCAUCAAAGGCUGUGAAAGGUGUUGCCCUUACGUCGCCCUUGAUAGCAAGUGUCUGGAGAGAGAAAAGGGAAGUGUGCUUGCAAAGUCGCCUUGACCUGAAUGGAAACGUCCGCACUUCGAUUCCCGCAUCUGUGGAUUCCUGGGGAGAAACUAAGGCUCAGUCCUGCCAUGAAGAAAACAAAAGUGCACUAGCAGAGGAUGAAUUAAGAUCGGAGCAGAGUCAGCACGGUAUUAGUCAAGGCGUCAGCACAGAAGGCUCGGACACAGGGGUGAUGGAGGGAGGAGAUCAUUCAGCGGGGGGCAGCGAUGAAAGCCCCUCUGAAGCUGAGUUUCCAUCAGGGAGAGAGGAAGGGCUGCUGGGAGCUUAUGACCAUGAGCAGAUGAGCUCUUACUGCCUGGAGGACAUGGAGGAUAGUGACUCUCUGGUGUCAGAGCAACUCCUCACACCUGGACUUAAAGCAGGGGCACCGGGCCUCAGCUUAAGCCCAGCCUGGUUCUUGGCCUUUUUUGGAGAAGAGUUUUUUAGUCCCGAGGUGAUACAGUAUGCAAUGAAUCUGGGACAGCACACAGGAUCACCAUGUAUUGAUGUGAAAACACAGGAACUGCAGCAGCAGCUCUUAAUUGAAACAAGAAAUUUGAGGAAAACUAGAAAUUUCUACCUGAAGCUCAUUCAGCAAGAGAGACGAAAUAAAGGUUCAAGGAGCAAACUGAUGCUGUCCAAACUGAAGUCCCAGUUUGAGGAACUUCGAUCCAAAGUGGUGUUUUUGGACAGUGUGAAGAAAUACCUGGAGAUUGUGAGAGUGGAACAGUUUGGUUUGGAGGCUUCAUUAUUAUCCUCCUUAGCUGUAUGUGGACCUGACUCUUUGGACCUCCAUCCCUCUGAGGAUCCCUCUGUUUUGAACUUUGGCAAAAGCAAAGGGAAGAGAACCCUGCAGGCUGGGUCUCCUCUGGGCCUCAUGGCUUACCUCUACACCAGAAAUGCUGCCAUGGAGGGCUACAUCCAGCAGUUUCUGUACACCUAUCGUUUCUUCUGCUCUGCUGAGCAGUUACUACAGUUCCUGAUGGACAGAUUUACCAGUGCUGCAAGAGAAGGUCUGAACAUGUCAGGAGACAGUGAAAAGAUCUUCCAUCGCUCCUUGGACCUGCUCCAGUUCUGGAUUACAGACUGUAAACAGAUGGACUUCACACCAAACUCCAGCAUCGUAGCUACAUUAGAGAGUUUCCUUAAUACUGAGGUAAUUCCUGUAGACAGCCGGGGAAAGGACCUUCUUGCUGCUCUCCACAGCCCCCCAACUACAAGUUGGAGCCAAAGAAGAGGAAGUCUAAUCAGUAUUGAAGAUGAAAAUAACUCUGUGUGCUUGCAUUCAUCUAAUGAGUGGAGGAUCUCCAGAGUGGUGGAUCCCUCUGCAUCCAUAUCUAAAGAGAAGGCCUUCUCCAUUGCUGCAGCUUUGCCUGUGCCGUCCUACAGCGCUCUGGUGAACGACACAACCAACGUCUACCUGCACAGUGAGGACCCACUCCCCUUCAGCCAGAAUGAAUACAGUGCACAGCACUUAGCCCAGCAACUCACUCUCCUGCAGCAGGGAAUGUUCCAAGGAUGUCAUCCAGUUCAUUUCCUCAACUCUAGGGUACAAGGGAUCAGAGACAAUGUGUUAAUCCCAAAUAAGAACGUGUCACAGCACAUCCCGCCAGCAGAGGGCAGCAGUGUGCAGGUGUAUGAGGGGACUCCCUCAGACAGCCACCUGCAGCAGCUGCUCACAUAUGCUGACAGUGUCACCAAAUGGAUCUCCUCGGAAAUAGUUAUCUGUGACUCCACCAGGGCACAAGUUACUUUAGUGACUAAAUAUUUAUGGAUCGGAAAACAUUGCUAUGAAUCGAGGAACUUUGCCACCGCCAUGCAGGUCCUUGGAGGUCUGGAGAAUGUGACUGUCAGGCAAUUACCAGUUUGGAAACAUCUGCCUUCCAAGGUGUUUGAGAUACUGGAGGAGCUGCGAGCUGUGCAGAUGUUUCUAAAGAGUGACGACUUGUGUCUGAUGGCGGGGGAGCACUUUAGGACGAGGCCCACGCUGUUACCAGCGCACAUCCUGGCCAUGCACCUCCAGCAGCUGGAGAUCGGCGCCUUCACGCUCACGACUGGAGCGUACAAGUGGAGCAAGCUCAGGAGCAUUGCAAAGGUUGUGAGUCAGGUCCACGCCUUCCAGGAGCUGAUGUACCCUUACAGUCCUGACCGAGAGCUGCAGGCCUACCUUCAGUGUCGCAUUGCCGGGUUUGUCACCUCUGACAUUCACCUUUUGGCUGCUGACCGCGAUGCCAACUUCCAGCAGUCCAGUGAGCGGCAAACGCGGAGAAUCCAGGACACACUCAAGCGGGUAAAGGCCACUUUCCUCUGAGCCCCGGUCUAGUCACAAGUCAUUGUCCUGAGUGAGUCGCCAUCGACAGGUCAACACCUCAUGACUGAGGCUCCGUGCCCAAGGCUUGACCUUCACGUCCCUCUGUUGUCCCAUCAGCCAGCUUGUAGACUGGAAAAAGGAUGUUGCCUGUUCCCUGUUGGUCCCCCAUAACCAAAAAAAAGGCACAUACUUCUCCCUCAGCUGAACUACCAGCAUGUUCAUGAUUAUUUGUGAACUGUCCCAGAAAUGUAGCUCUUAAGGGUCCCAUGUAAUCGGCCUGGAAUACCAACAUUUCAAGCACCAGGGCCUGGGAGGAAUGCACACCAAAAAAAGCCACCACUUGUGUGUGGUAUUUUAGUCACUUUGUUGUUUUGGAACAAAACCUAUUCUGAAGCUUCACUGCAUGAUAAUUGUUGGUCAGCGUUUAUUGUUGCCAUAGCUGCAAUUGAAAUAGGGCCAUAGAGAAUUAUGGGGGCAACAAUGCAUACAGUACAUUCAAUCUAAUCGUCACACAGCAGGUGAGGUGAAAAGUUGUGCGACCAAGUUGAAACCCCUCAUUCCCUUCUCUCCUCCACUUGCAUGGCCAACAACAGGUUAAUCCAGCCUGAUCAAACAUUCAAGUAACCACAUUUAGGAAAGGAGAAACACAUCAUGCAGAGAACCUUUCUAUGGACUGAACAGUUUGCUAUGAUUGAUUUUGUCGAACUUGCAUAGAUUUGUUUGUUUACCGCUUACAACUUUACCGAAUGAUAUUUUUAUGACUAUAUUGGUAAUUGUUAUCUAACAUGAGUUGAAUUUACACUUUGUGAACUAAUUGCAUUUGUUAUCAAUAGUGUGUCAUGAAGGUCGCAAAGCUUGACAAGCUUCCCAUUACAGAUAAACUCAACAUAAUGACAUGUCUGUGCACCAAACGUGAUUUGAGAAAUGAUCUUUAGCCUUUGUCUAUUUUUCUAUUUUCUGGCUUUCUCUCUCUCUCUCUCUCUCUCUCUCUCUCUUUCUCUCUCUUUCUCUCUCCCAUGGUUUUCUGUCCUGAAGCAGAGCGUGAAGAUGGAAUGUGCCAUGCUAUGAAGAUUUGCUUAAUUUAGCCAAAUAAAAUACAUUUUAUAAGCUCUCUCUUGCCAAAACCGUGCUAUUGUCAGAUAACAUCCGUGGUGGAAUGGCUGCAUGGCAGGUUACAGACCUCAGACAGGGAAGCUUGGCUUUUCUCUCCUCCUACAGGGAUUCACUACGUGUGGUGAUGAAAACACUGAACAUCACUGCAGGUUUUGCUGGGGUUUUUAAGCCAGUCUUACACAACCUAUAGAUUUUUACAGAAUGUUUGUGCACACCCUCACCAAUAUCCUGGCAGAUUUGUCCCUUGUUAUUUGUUGACAACAUUGGUGUGAAUUUCUUAUUGUUUCUUAUUGCUUGGAUUCUAUGUAUGUGUGUGUGUGUGUAUCCCAGGUAUUCCUUAUGUUGUGGGGACAUAAAUCGCACAUUAUGGGAACUUGUCUUCCUUAUGGGGACAAAAGUUAAAUCCCCAAAACGUAAAUUUCUACUUUUUAAGGUGAAGACAUGUUUUAAAGUUAGGUUAAGGUUAGGUUCAGGAUUAGGAUUAGGCCAGUUGUAGGUUAGAGUAAGUCUCCAGGAAAUGAAUGUAAGUCAAUACAAUGUCCUCUGAAGUCAUGGAAACCAGUGUGUGUGUGUGUGUGUGUGUGUGUGUGUGUGUGUGUGUGCAGUUCAUUAACAGUAAUAAAUAUGAACAUGGACCUUUUUUUUCCUCCAAAUACUCAUUUACAGACAGUUGACAUCACAAAGGUUUGUUAAAUGUGGACACCAUGCCGAUAAGAAGUUGAUGUUAAACUCCAAAUAGACUCAAGUAUUUGGGUGGUAUACAUAAAAAGUGUAUUUAGUUGUUUUACAGCUUUAUAAUCAGUUGUUUUUUAAAUCAGAAAUCUGAAGCAAUUCAGUGUCACUUUCUAUGAGCAAUCCUCACAGAUGUGCUUUAAAAAAAUCAUGAAGAUGUUAAAUAUGUUCUUAAACAGGGGUCGUGAAGAAGGCCUAUUCCACUAAAAAUUACAAUACAGUGAUUGCAGCUUUUCCUCCGGGAUAAACAGAGAGUAAGCAGACAGUGCUGAGGAAAUAGGCGCAGUGUGAAGGCGACGUCCCGGGGGUUUUUAUUGUUAUCUAACGGGAUCAGUUCGCAUCUUCAAAGCUUCAGAGAUAAAAAAGAAGAAGAAGAAGAAGCCCCAUCGGGUUGAUGCGACUGCUGCCUUCACAGCGACAGAUCACCGAUAAAGGAGACAACCAGGCCCGGCCUCUAUCUGCAUUGUCAUAUAACUAAACGAUCAAUUUAGUGCCAUUGUCCCCGAGCUGCUGUAUGCAGAGAUUCCUCAGGAGAGGGCCGCGCAAACCCCACAGGUUAUAGGCGCGGUCUGUUCGAAAGGUGGCGUCUUUGGCUCAUUAUGUAUUAGACAAAACUUCUCUGUGGAAAGUGCUUGUUGUUCAUUUUAACUUUGCGGAUAAUCCGCGCGUGUGAUUCCACCUGUGCAUAAUCUGCUUUAUUGUAAAAUGGGAUUGUCACUGGUUUAUGUGAAGCCUGUCCUUUCUGGACUUGCGUCUGUUUGCGCUCCCAGGGUUCUGCGGCUUCCUCGCAGCUUGUUUUAGCAUAUUUACAUUUGAACGGAAAGACAAUCAACUGUAAUUGUGUCGCUACUGUAAUACCUUUGAUCUGUAAUGUUUGAAGCGCCUGUGCCAAAUGCUGGCUCUCGGGUUGCCGGCGCCAGCGCACACCAGGGUAUCAAAGACAUGUCAAUACAAAAGUACUACCCCCCCCCCCCCCCCCCCCCCACACACACACACACACACACACACACACCCUCCAUUUGAUAACAUGAGUAAAACUAUGGCUUCACAAGGCAUUUUGGGGUUUUUAUGAGGCCGCAAUGCAGAGAAUAAUCUGGCACAAACGCAAGGUUUUACGCACACGCUUGUGCGUGUUUUUCCGUGUGUUCACUGUUAAUUAUAUAUAUGUAAUGUGUUUCAUGUCGAUCACAAGGUACGUGGAGCUGCAUCAGCAUUAAAAUAAAUAUUUUUUAAAACUU